CUUUCACCGAAUGUUUAAAAAAAAUGAACACUUUUUGUGUAUUAUUUACAAUGGAUAAUUUCGAUUGAUCAUAAAUACCUCGAAAAUUGAAGGAACCACACCAAAUUUUGGGAUCAAGUGUUUGUUUUAGGUUAAAAUAUUUUGAGAUGGUUAUUUUGAGUAGUUGCUGCGGUUGUGUUGGCCUGAAAAAGGGUGGGGUAAUAAUUGCUUGGUUGCAAAUGAUGAUAAGUAUUUUAUGUUGUCCCUAUAAUGCUCUACUGUUGAACGAGAUCUUGUCAGACGGAUCAAUUUUCAGAGUGGUGCUUCCGAUUUUCAGCUAUUUCCUGCUUUAUGGCAUAUACAAAAACGAUCCAGGCUGUAUGAUACCGUCACUGAUUAUGCUGUUAACAACGUCGGUUUUGUUUAUCAUUUUUCCAAUCGUCACAUUGAUUUUCUAUUUUGCCGAUAUUAUGGAAUACAUUUCGGAAAUGGUUGAUGAAAAAACGUUUGACGGAAUCACUAUCUUAUCUUUUGCUAUGGCCAUCAACUAUGUCUGUGCAGCUCUCAUAUUGUACUUAUGGUUCGUUCUAUUUUCACUUUACAAAUCCAUGCGAGAGUGUAACAAUAAGAAUGCAGCAGCUUCAUCAAGACGUGCCCGAUCAAUUACAUCAAAUGCAUGAAAAACAAUUUCAAAACUAUCAACAAUUAUCAAAUAACAAAAAAUGAAUGCAAUAAAAAUAUAUGUUAUUUGCGUUUA